UCUGUAUCUCUCGGUGCCUUUCUCGCCCUCACUUUCUCCCCUCCUGCCUGCCCGCUGCUCCCUGCGCCUGGCCUGCCCCCACCGCCGCCGGUUCAGGGGAACGUGUGCGGAGCGAUUGUCCUGGGGGACAUUUGAUGGAUUAGAGCGCUGAACAGUUCCAUUGCUAGGGGACCACCUGAUCUCCUCCAGCCUGCGUCCCAUAUAAAGCCGGCAGCCGGAGUGCUGAGCACAGCUCCAGCGAUCGCCUGUCUGCGCGCCGCCGCCGCCAAGCCCGAGCGGGAGCCCGAGCGAGCCGGGGCCGCCGCCACCGGUGCCGGCUCCGCGCUGCCGCCCGCUGGGAGCUGUCCAGUGCUGAAACCCCGCUCUGACAGCCAAUCGCGCCCGACUGGCCGCCUCCCCCCACCGGGGCCCUACGCAAGUGCCCCCGCCGAGCCCCCCGCCAGUCGCACCAUGCCGCGCUCCUUCCUGGUAAAGAAGAUCAAAGGGGACGGCUUCCAGUGCAGCGGGGUGCCGGCCCCCACCUACCACCCCUUGGAGACCGCCUACGUGCUGCCUGGCGCCCGGGGGCCGCCCGGGGACAACGGUUACGCCCCGCACUGCCUGCCCCCCAGCAGCUACGAUGCGGACCAGAAGCCGGGCCUGGAGCUGGCGCCGGCCGAGCCCGCCUACCCGCCGGCGGCGCCGGAGGAGUACAGCGACCCCGAGAGCCCGCAGUCCAGCCUGUCGGCGCGCUACUUCCGCGGGGAGGCGGCCGUGACCGACAGCUACUCCAUGGACGCCUUCUUCAUCUCGGACGGGCGCUCGCGGCGGCGGCGCGGCGGGGGCGGCGGGGACGCGGGCGGCGCGGGGGACGCCGGGAGCGCCGGGGGGCGCGCGGGGCGCGCGGGGGCGCCGGCGGGCGGCGGGCACCGGCACGCGUGCGCCGAGUGCGGCAAGACGUACGCCACGUCGUCGAACCUGAGCCGCCACAAGCAGACGCACCGCAGCCUGGACAGCCAGCUGGCGCGCAAGUGCCCGACGUGCGGCAAGGCGUACGUGUCCAUGCCCGCGCUGGCCAUGCACGUGCUCACGCACAACCUGCGCCACAAGUGCGGCGUGUGCGGCAAGGCCUUCUCGCGGCCCUGGCUCCUGCAGGGCCACAUGCGCUCGCACACGGGCGAGAAGCCGUUCGGCUGCGCGCACUGCGGCAAGGCCUUCGCCGACCGCUCCAACCUGCGCGCGCACAUGCAGACGCACUCGGCCUUCAAGCACUACCGCUGCCGCCAGUGCGACAAGAGCUUCGCGCUCAAGUCCUACCUCCACAAGCACUGCGAGGCCGCCUGCGUCAAGGGGGCAGAGCCGCCCCCGCCGGCCCCCGCCGGCCCCGCCAGCUGAGCGGCCCGCCGU